AUGCGAAGAUCCAACCGGCAUGAAGAGAGAUGGAGCGGGUGGUUCUGGAUAGAUGCUCUCUGCAUCAUACAGGACGAUGAGCAUCCUGAGAAGGAUAUUCAGAUAAAGUUCAUGCCCAAGAUAUAUGGCGGCGCUCGCGAGGUCAUUGCUUGGAUUGGCCCAGGAGACUCUAUCACUGAUGCAGCAAUGCGGUAUAUCCGAAAUCAGCCAUCUACCUUUCUUCGUGCAGUUGCAGAAGGGACCGCUGAGGCUCGGCUGGAGAGCUUUGAAAACACCUUCCGAGACGUUGCUUUCUGCGUUCGAGACAUCUUCAACAAAAGCUAUUGGGGUCGCUUGUGGAUACUGCAGGAGUUAGCUAUGGCGCAAAAUACAACAAUCGUCUGUGGCAAUGAAGAACUACCAUGGAAGACGUUCAUUGACUUCGCCACCCAAGUCGCGGCCGCAGAUUUUGGACCUUCUAAGACCCUUAGACGAGCACAAGGCGAGGUUGCCGCUAAGCAGCCAGUUUGGCUUCUCACACUCAUUUAUGAGAAGAGGACUCGAGGUCUCAACCUUGCCGAAUUGGUGUUUCUUUCCAAGGAUUCUGUAUGCGGUAGGGACAAGAAGGACUACAUCCGAGCUCUGCUGGGUAUGGUGCAAGAGGGAAGCGGUUGGCGCCUUGAUCCGGAGAAGCAUCGCUCUGCCUGCUCAAUGCUGAGCCAUGCAACGAGGGUCAUGAUCGAUGUGAGAAGCUGGCACGUCUAG